GACAUUUAUCUUCGGUGAGGUUCAGCCAAUCACAAUCAAGGUAUUGCACCAACUUCUCAAGCGAAAUUUUCAUGUCAGGCAGCGUUUUCAACAAAACCAUGAUAUCGUCUGUGCACAACGGCACGCCAUCUAUGAGGUGAAACAGAUGAAUCUUCAUUAUGUCUUAGUUGAGAAACUUCAUCUUCCACGGACUAGAGACGGUUUCCAUUAGCAAGUUGAAGAUUUAGGGCGAAAAAGGACACCCUUGUUUAAUGCCGCGUUUCCGCACGACAGACAGCUAUCCCUGCCAAAGUACCUGCUGUUCUUCGUUUUGAAAGCAUUCUAUCACCCGAGUUAAAACAUAAAUUCUGGUGCAGGUCUUUGAGGGUUUGUUGAUCAGCUUAUUUGCAGAAUUCAGAAUGAAUGCCAUCAAGGCCAGAGGCUUGUUGAGAUGGGGCCAGGGUAUCCCAGAACUGUAUUUUAUAGUCCAUCGCAACUUCUUGCUCCAAGCAUUAAAUUCUUGUUUAGAAUAAUUGGAUUUUUAGAAAUGUUAAGAGAUAAUCCACUUGGUUGAUACUCAGACUGUUAAAAGGAAAUGGACGACGACAAAAAUCUAACAACGAUGGAGACAAUGGCUCAGCCAAGUCAACCAUUUCUCUGUAAACAUGCUUGUGAAAGUCUGUACGUUCCCUCUGAUUACCUGCUUAUUAACAUGAAAAACCUGCAAAGAAAGAUAAAAAAAAACAAAUCUGACAACACUAGUUCCAAUGUCAAAGUUUAUUUACAAACAAACCCACCUGAAUGAUUAAAACAUAUUUUUUAAAAUUCAAUCGAUUAUACAUAGUGUGCUAUAAGUUUUCAUUUAUAAAAGUGUAAUAAUUAGUUCAAACCUAAAAUUUGUUUCGUGCUCAACAAAAAUUCAAUUCGGUCAGAAUUUAUGUAAAAUUCAAUUCCCCAGAUAAUGAACGCCCCAUCAUUCUGCGCGUUCUGUCUCCGGACAAGACUUUCGCACAUGAAGCUGCACAAACAAGUCGCCGGAUGUUCGGACGAGCAGCGGCAGUGCUUCGCGCUGAUACUCGGAUACGAGUUCCAGCUGGAGAGCUUUGCCGUCUGCCGACCCUGCUGGAAGCUGAUGGAGCUGCUGCAGGACUUCCGGCUGCGCUGCUUGAAAGCAAACAACCUGGUGAAGAGGAUCAGCCGAGGGAUGCUUCCGGGAAUAUACGAGGACGAUGGUUGGUUUUCGGAUAAUACUUGGGCCAAAAUCGAAAGCUUCCGGGCCGUUAUCCAACAGCAGACCGUGGAGAUUGAGAAGAUGGAGGCGACUGCGGGAGAAUCCGUUUGCAAUGGUGAAUCAACGGAAGAGUAUGAUGAAAUAAAGAUUGAACCGGUGGAAAUUCAAGACGAAGUCGUCGAAUCAGAUCUGGAAUGUGAGGAAACUCUUCAACGCAAUAGCGUGAUGGAGUUCGAAUCCAGUGUUGACAGCAAUCUAACUUGUGAUGAACCCGCAAUAGAAAAGAAUUCAACUGGUUUAUUCAAAUGCAAGAAAUGUGACCAGAGUUUCAUAACUAACGAAAGGGUAAUGCAGCAUUUGCUGAACUGUGAUGGAACUUUUAAUCCCUUAGCUUGCAAUUUGUGUGAAGCGACGUUUACAGAACACAAACAACUGAUAACUCACUUGGUAUUUCAUUCUAGAGCCCAAAAUGUUGUCAAAUGCCGAAUUAAAUGUGCCAAAACAUUUAGUUCAAAAUCUAAUCGCUUGAGACAUGAGAAAACUUGCGACAAAGUUUAUCAAAAGUGUCCGCUGUGCGAAGCGCAUCUGGAUCUCGGACAAGAACCCCUGCACGAGCAUUAUAGUCUUGCACAUCCAGCAGAACUGAAACAUCCAUGCACAAAAUGUGACAAACGCUUUCUAAACCAAGAACAAGUCAAAUCGCACGAAAAAGUAUCUCACGCCGAGGGGCGCAUCAACGUGCCCUGUCCGGAGUGCGGAAUCAUGUUUGCCGAGGCCAAAGAUCUGAUCGUACACACCAAGCAAAUCCACAGCGAACUGUGGCUCUUUCAGUGUGACCAGUGUGGGAAACGACACCGUGAUAAGCAGUCGCUAGUGACGCACAUGGCCGAAGAUCACGCGAAGCUGGCACCGGAAACAGCGGCGCCACCAACUGUGGUCCGGAUGUGUGAACGAAAAGCUAAUCCGAAAAGGGCGGUCGAUAAGGAAUCGGGUGGUUCGAGUGCUUCAAAAGAGCCGCCGUUUAAGGGAUUAAAGUUAAGAUCUUUUCAAAUCAUUAGUCCGUGACUGUUAUAGAUGUUCGAGUCGAAUUUUCAGUACAUUCCAAUUUGAAUAAAAAUAUAUACUUAUCUUAAGAUAUUUGUUGUAUCGGAGAAAACUCGCACAGUUGGGCCACCGCAGAAGGAAAUAAAAGGACACGCGCAGUUAACAAACGAUAC